GCCGGCAGUGGGCUGGGAUCUUCGAACAGAGCGGGAGCGGACAGCCAGCAUGACCCAGCCCGCUACCACCAGCCAGCACAGCGUCCCAUGGCAGCCGCGCUCCGGUCUGUUCGUAGUCUGACACCUGGGCCAGGUAUGCCGCACUCCGCCACCGGCGAUAUGUAGUAACAGGCGGCGUGCAGUCACUAUUAAAUGCAGCUCUCAUUGAGAUCAUCACCGGGAGCUGUCUGGGGCACCUUGAUCGCCCUCUCUAUAAUGGGGUCAGUCUGGGCGAGCCGGGUGUGUGAUCCCCUCCGGCAAUGGACUAUUCGAGCUCAGUGCUGUCCCUUUAAUAACAGCAUGUGUUCACAGUGUACCCUACCGGGGUUUCUUUAUCCCUGGCUAUUAUUUAUUAAAGGCUCAGAUAGUGUACAUUUAGCUCUGCAGGGUGUCCGGAGUAUUAAAUGGGUCACUUUGCCCUCUGUCAGCAGUAAAUCCCUGGGUUUCCUUAACAUUCUAUAGUUCUAGAACGUUCAAACCAGCGGAAGAAUGCGGCUUCCAUAGAGUUCUGUGUUAGCCUAGAUUGUGUGCUGUGUGAAUAUACACGGGGACCAGAGGAUUUAUGGGUUUUAAUGCUCCUCAAAUUGGCUGUAGUGUAAGCACGUGUCCGUAUUGGGCUGGUUACUAAUGUCUGCUACAGUUUUACACGAAUUGCAUGUUUUAUAUUGAUAUAUGAUGAAUGUAAACCACCUUAGUAGUGGGUCUAAAACGAAUCCUCAAGCAACAAGUAUUCCUGCCCUCCCUCCCCCACUAUAUCGAUGUGAUGCAGGUAGUAUUCCAAAAACUUUUUUAUUUUUUAUAGCCAUGUCUUCGAUAAUCUAAAGCCAAAAAAAAAUGCUUUUACAUUUUUAUUUUUUGCUUGCUUUAGUGCCUUCUAGUUUUUUUUUUUUUUUUCACUUUGAUGUAAUUAAUUCUGACAUAAAGUAACCUAUAAAAUCCUAGGGUAGAUGAAACUCUUUCAAUGUUUCUAUAAAUACUUUCCAUCAAUUUUAGAUUUAAAGCUUGUGGCAGAUGAAACUCAUUAGAUCUUACUGACAUUCCACAGGUGUGGUGAAUUUAUAUAUAUUCUUUUUAUUUUUUUUUACCCCUUCUCAUCUCUCAGAAAUUACAUAUAGGACAUGGCUUAACAAAUCUCCAAUGCAAUUAAUGAUCUGAAACUUAAAGGCACGGCCUAUUGUAUUGGUUGUGGUGCAAGGUUCUUUGGACGCAGUCCCUCCAGUUUAUGUCCAUCCAUUGGAAAUAUUGCAACUCUCCCUGUAUACUUUGCUGUCACUACGAUAAUAAGGAAUUUCACUUCUUAAUUUGUCCAAAUGUGGAUAGCAAUGCAUCUAAAGCUGACCUAUGUGCACUUUCAUUGUGCAGAGAUUAGCUCCCCUGUGGUGCUAUUGAUAGGAAGCCUGAAGGUGAAUUUUGGGUGUGAUAUCAUGGGAACAAGGCAACUAGAGUGAGCAAGGGACAUGCUGCAGACAGGAAACUGCUGCUCCUUUAAAAUACUGGACAGGGAAAGUAGGUUAUGAGUGGCCUCAGGGUGUCUAACAAUGGCUUUUUUUUGUUUUUUUUUUUUUUUUUUAAUAAACUCUAUGACCCGUAUUGUAAAAAUCUGAAAUAAAAGGCUGGAGGAUCAGUGGCUUCAGUUGCAAGGGAGCAGCAAAAAGAGGGCUGCAAAGACCUCUUAUAAGAAUUGCAGAUCUUCAGAGGUCUGAAAGUAAUGCAACAUAGUGGAACAUAAAGCUCCCAGACCAAAAUGGGUCAUUUGGGGAGGUAUGAUUUUCCCCAGUUGGCCCAGAGCACAAGUGAGUUUGUGUCCUGCACCUCCAGCAAGUGCAGUCAGACCACUAGUGACUGUCCCUGUUCUGAUGCUUUUCAAUGACUGUGUUGCCAUGGGUUUUCAUGGUAACAAUGUCUUACUGGAAUUCACCAGACCAGAGAGGGAGAAAUUAUCUGCACCCACAGACGUGCAAACUCCACCAGAGUGACCAAUAUUUGAUUGUCUCCUAGGCAAAGGUAGGAAAGCGGGAGUUGUGCAUUUAAAAAAAAAAAAAAACUAUUAUUCUCUAUCCCCUCAACACUGCUGCAAACACAUGCCUACACAACCAUACAAGCAGUCUACCCUCAAACAUGACCAAAAACCGCUUACACAUGCACACUUAAGCCUACAGGCAAUACGCACUCAAUACCACAGACAGCCUACACUACACACAUACUACAAGCAACUUGCAUACACACACUUAAAGGAGUAUUGUAGGUGCUAUAACCAUUUCAUCUUAUUGAAUUGGUUAUAGUGCCUGGAGUCCUCUGAUGUCCCUCUAUUCAGUGUUUAAACCAAUUUUGAGUAGCUGAACACUAAACCGGUAGUAUACAAACAGUCCACAUGCACACACAUACAUUAAACAAGCUGUCCGUGAACACGCAUAGCCCAACAAUGCCACAAACAGACCAAAACUCAAAAAAAAUAAAAAUAAAUUUUACAACAGGGGGUGGGGAACCUUCAGCCCUCCAGAUGUUUUUAACUACAUUUCCCAUAUUGCUGGCAAAGCAUCAAGGGAGAUGUAGUCCAAAACAUCUGGGAGGCCAAAGGUUCCCCACCCCUGAUUUACAUCACGCUUUGUCUACAUGCAGCCAAUAGUCAAUUCAUGGCACAGGCAGAACUCUUUAACAUUAAUAAAUGUUUCUGUAAAAAGAAAACCUCUAACUUAACCCCUUUAGGACACAUGACAUGUGACAUGUCAUGAUUUCCCUUUUAUUCCAGAAGUUUGGUCCUUAAGGGGUUAAAGGGACAUUAUGGCCCCCUAGACAAUUUCAUCUUGGUGAAGUGUCCCUGUUCUUUUUAACCCUGCAAUGUAAAACUCGUUCAUGUAAUGUGGACUGCCACAUAGUAAAUAGUUGAUGCUAUGCUUUCUUAUGGGCACGUUUGGAUGCUCCUCUGAAGAACAUUGGAGCGUGCCGAAGGAUGCCAUCCCUCCUCUGUGAAGUCACUGAAGAAUUAAGCAGAAUUGAGGGGAGCAUUUUAAGGGACAGCAACACUAGGGUUAGGAAUACAGACUGGAUUUUUAGGAAUCCAAAAGGUUACUGAAACCAGAGAUAUUGGUGACAGGGAGUCAAGAUGGAGGUGCAUGGUAAAGAGUUGUGGAUUUCUAGAUUAAAUUUUUACCAUCUCACAAAUGCAUAUUAAAUAUUUUGAUAAGUCCCACUUGUUUUUCAGCCAUAAAAGAUCUCUUAACUCUUCCUAACCUUAAAACUGUGCGUUAGAUGUAGUAGAAUAUUUGCACAGUGCUCUAAUAUCUCAUGUUACAAUUUUAGUGCCUGAAGUGGGGCAAUCAUUGUGGAACCAGCAGACUAUUAUGCCAGCAAAUUCCAUAGCGCUGUACAAUGGGUGAUUAGUGAUUAUCCACUUUAAUUUUUUGCACCACAGUUUACGUGACAUUUCUAAAUUGGCAAAGCAUAUGCUUAACCUUGAGGGUCUUGUAGAUGUGUCACUCUUUCCUAAACCUAUGUGUUGAAUUCUGAAGGUUAAAGGGGCACUCCGGGCACCAAAACUGCUUUAUCUAAACUAGGUUGAUAUGGAGCUAGAAGAAUAAAAUUUCAGUGGGUAAAUGGGGAGUUGGCAGUACGGAGGGGCAAUUUUAAUUCCUGUUCCCAUACAGAAGUGAAGUGUGCCCUUUUCUUUCAAUAGGCUGCUCUUGCAUGGUGGUCUUAUCGCUAAACACUUAAAUGAGCUAUAAAUACAGACAUGAUUAAGUGACCUCUAGGUGAAAAUUGGCAACUGUUCUUUUCGUCCGACAUAGUUUAAAGCUAUUUCAGUCUUUAUCCGGCUUGGAAAGGUUGACCUUUUCAUGAGUUCCUAGUUCUCCUGUAUUGAUGACUGCUACAUUUGUAGGCCUGAGUUUCACUGACCAAGUCCUCCACUUACCAUGCUUGGAGUAAGUGGGUGGUAAUUUAGAAUGUUGCAGCUUUUUGCCACUCUAGACCAGAUUAUGUCUGCUCAAAAGUGCUUAACAUUAAGGAAUUUAAAAGUACAUUCCAGACCCCCUAAACCACUUUCGCUUGCUUGAAAUAUGCUCUUUUUUUUUCUUUUUACAGAUUUUAUUAGAUAUUGGAACUUUUGUAAAUUAACUUGGUUACACCUCUGGCUGUCAAUCAGGCAACGUGGCCUGUUUCUUGGUUUGGUUAGCCUAGUGGAGCUAAACUUAAGAGGCAGCAAUUGCCCAGAGCACCUGCCUAGCAAAGAAUUCUCAUUGAGCUCUAUUGGGAAGAUGAUUGUAGUUUUUGCAAGCUGUUUAGAGAGAACCCCUAUGAAAAUAUGCAUAAAUAAAUGCAUGCUUGUUUUGAUUUAGGUAUGUCUACUUAACAGUGGUGUGUGUGUGUGUGUGUGGGUUUUUUUUCUGUUUGGGUAGUGGCCGGUUUCUUGAAUAAAUAACAUCAGUUAAAGGAACGUUCUUACAAACCCAUUUUAUUUCCCCUCCUGAUAUUUCUCUUUUAAAAUCACAGUGAAGGAUGAGAAAGUCCAGUGCUUCUCAUAUAGAAGCAUUGGGGACCUACGGCGCAUGUGGAGCAACUAUCAUGCUCUUACAAGUCAGAUGCAUCUAAUAGAAAAGCAUUGAAUUUUUUUAAAUUAAAAAAAAAAAAAAAAACUUUUUUUUUUAUGGGUUUGGCUAUAUUCAACGUGAAGAUUUUCAACCGUUGAAAGUCUUGACCUAGCAAUUGCCUUAGUCGGACAGCUGCCAGAGGCAUAUUUAAGGCCAAAUGUAUCCACUACCAAUUCUCUGAAAUGGCACUACUUUACAUUGCCAGAUCUAGGCACCCAGACCACUUCAGCUUAAUGAAGUGGUCUGGGUGCCAGGUCCUUCUAGGAUUAACUUUUUUUAUUUAAACAUAGCAGUUUAAACUGCUAUGUUUAUAAUAGGGUUAAUCCAGCCUCUAAAGCCUCAAGUGGCUGUCUCAUUGACAGCCGCUAGAGGCGUUUGCAUGAUUCUCACAGUGAAAAUCAGAGAAGACUCCAGCAUCCAUAGGAAAGCAUUAUGAAUGCUUUCCUAUGAGACUGACUGCACGCGCAGCUCCUGCCGCGCAUUCAGUCGAAGAGGAGGAGAGCUCCCCGCCUGGCGCGGGGGGGGGAAAAAGGUAAGAUUUAACCCUUUCCUCGCCAUCCAGCCUGGUGGGAGUGGGACCCUGAGGGUGGGGGCACCCUCAGGGCACUAUAGUGCCAGGAAAACAAGUUUUCCUGGCACUAUAGUGGUCCUUUAAGCUAAAAAGGUUUGUUUCCCUUUUUAAAAACACCCAGUUUUCAGGGAGGACUGGAAGUCUAUUUUGAGCUCUGUGAGUUUCCACUUGUGACAGCUAUUGGUAUAAGUUUACCAGAUACUUGAAGAUUUUAUGAAAGUCUCAUGUACUUAAAAAGCGGUGCAGAGUUCUAAAAGUGGCACAAUCCCCAAACUAAUGGAAACUGCAGCAAUUUUCCAUUUGCAAUUACUCUGACAACUUUGCACUGCUUUUUAGAACACAGCAGUCUGCUAAAUCUUUCUCAGUGUUUUUAGAAAAAGUUAAGGAAUGCAUUGCCCAUUAUUAAUUGAAUAAAUCCAGAGAAACACAAACGUAUUUACCUAUACGAGCACUGCAUGCAUACACACACCUAAUAAAUACUAUAGUAUUUUUUUUAUUUUUCUUUCCCAUAGUCUGCUACUUUUGCUUUUCAUUUCGUAUUUAAAUUACAACUGUUUAGUGAAAUACAUUCUGUUGGUGUUCAUUCACAAGUAUUGUGGCAGGUAACAAGUUUUCAGGCCUCGUUAAUAGGUGAUAUCUUAAAGUAUUCAGCGCUGCAUCGUACUCUCCUCAUUUGUUGGGGAGGAGAAACACUACAGCCCAAAAUUUCUAUCUAUUGUAGGCAAGGAACGUUAGGUACAUCAGAGAAGAAGGGCCAGACUUCAGGUGUCCAUAAGAUGUUUAUACACUUACCAAGAGAUGUCUCCAGGCUGCUGCUACAAUAACAAAUAGUUCUUUGCUAUAUGGCAGUUAAAUCACUUAUCUUGGGCAUGACUCAUGCAGGAUCCAUGAAAAAGGCUUAAUUUUUACAAUUUUCUAUACACACCACUUCCACCACCCCUUUUUUUUGGCCCUAGCAGACAAUAAAAAACAAAACAAAAAAAAACAGGAGAUGUAUUCUAAAAAAUUAAACAAACUGUGCAAUUCUCGUUUCAGAAAGUGUAUAUACAGAAACAUUGUGUCUUAGCCAGGGGAAGUGUGGCUAUUGCUACAUAGACAAGCAAGUGAUUUAACUCCUAAAUUGUUGGGGAAACUUCAGGGACAUGAUCUAUGAAUUCAUGUAUGCUUGUAACAUUGAUGAUUUUUGUAGUGCAUGUUACUUUAAUUACACUUCUUAUUCUGCAUCCAUAUGUAUUAAGACAAUGUAAGAAUUUCCACUAGAUGGCAGUAUGUUUCCUCUGAAAUCUAAAACUAUGAACUAAUCUGCCACAUUCACAUCCAACUCUCUACCAAAGGGGGUGUGAUCCGUGUGUACGUGCAAGUUUUUAAUUUCCUCUUAUUUCAUUUUUAGACAAAAGACUACUAGACAAUUUUCUGUACAUCAAGAAUCUGUUUUCUUCUUCGCGUCUGCUGUUCAAUUGUGUUAAAUGCCCUGGAUUGUGACACCGAUGAGUUCAACCAGGUAAGCAUUCUAAAAAUUGUAUUUUAUUUUUCUUAUCUUUCCUAUCAUUCUCCCAGCCACUUGAAGCUUUACACUUCAUACAUUUUUAUCCCUCCUCAAGUCGUCUUCGGGUUUAUCAAAUAACAUGCUGUUGCGUUCUGUGUCUAGUCUUGUAGCUCCAACUUCCUGGAUACAGUUGCAUAUAGGCACAGUAAUGUGGACAACUUAUAGCGUCCUGACGUUUGUGCAGCCUACAAAGGAUUGAGCAUAGUGUAGGUUUAUUCUAAACUUUGAGGGGGCUAUUCAACAUCUACUGUAAUGUCUUCUUAAUCCAUGAAGUUGUUCACUCACUAUAGAAGUCCUAAUCUGCUGGCUAAAUGUAUCCCUUAGCAGUUACAGCAGAAUUGGUGAUAAUUAUUUAAUACCGCAUGCAAAAAUUUAAAGCAUUUAUAUAUUAUAAAAUAAAAAAAAUUUGUAUUCUUUUGAAACUGCUAUUCAUUGAUGUAUGUAGGAGUUAAGAUUUCUUGGCCAGUGCUUUGGGUCGGUUGAGUCAUUAUUUUUUUUUAUAAUUUUAAAGUCUGUUAUACCCACCCUCUUUUAAUGUAUGCAGUUAGUAGAUUUCUUUUCAAAGUUUUUGGCAACAUCCUUCCUGCACAUACCAACAGUUAUUUACUAAAAAUUUUUUUUAUUUUUACAUUCUAUUUUCUGUUGGUGUCUAUUAGCCAGCAGCCUUAGACUAUAUACUCGGUUGAACCUAGUACCCUCUCUUAGAUUAUGCUUUCACAACAAUUCAAAAGGUGUAGUUUUGAUGUAUGCAUUUACUGAUUGCCUCUAUAAAUUAGUCUUGCCAAAAAGGGAACAUUAUCCCAAUAUCGGUGGGUCCUACACUAAUUCCAACGUGGGAGACAAAUUAAAUAGUACUAUAUAUGCAGAAGUGUAUUUCAAUAAAUCUGUUGUAAGAGCAUUGUGUAUCUAUCUCUCAAAACUAAUGUGAUAAACAAAAUGCAGUGCCAAAAAAUUAAACAAUUAACGUGAUUGUGCAUUGUAGAUCUACUCACAAUGCAUAUCAUAUCUGCUCUAUGAAAAUAAUUAAAGUGACAUUACUAUUCAAAACCUCCUCUAAUUUAUACUUUCCUGUGGUCACCUCCAAAGGGGUCUCUGUAGCUGGGGGUCCUGAGUAGGGUGCUCAACUGGUGGUCUGGAUUCCAAACUUGCUUGGUAAAGACAAGGGAAUUAGGGGCACACCGAGAACUUGCAUAUCGCAGGAAUGAUGCUGUGGUAGUGACUAAAAUGUGUACAUCCGAUUUUAAGGAUGAGCAUGUACAUAAAAAAAUGUUAGUAUGUGUGCGCUGUUCCUUAAUCUGUAUCUGUAAGUUAGUCUUGUCCUUUACAGGGAUAACUUUACAAAUUAGGCCUUCUUUUUCAGCAAAUAUCAAACCAAUUCUUGGUAUUGAAUGCCUUGUUUCUCCAGUUCUGACUUUUUUUUUUUUCUAUGUUUAAAAUAUUAAACAAAAGUAUGACCUGUUCAUAGCUUAAUAUAUAUCACCUCACACACAUAGUUUUCUAUUGUAGUCAAGAGGUCAUAAGAGAGCUGGAAUUAUUUUAGCUUGUAGUAAGAUUCUUUGCUUAACAAAAGUCAGAACUACCACUGUCAAGUUAACCUCCUGUCACAGUGACUGCUGUAGGAAUAGGGUACCUGUCUCGCUCAAUUACAAGAUAAUCUGGAUGGAGAGGAUCGCAUGUUCCACCAUAGACAUUAGUGUUCUGUCACAGAUGUGCAACAGUGGGCACCAUGAAGUGAAGAAGAUGGUGGGGGACCAUACAAUAGCUGCAACCUGGGGCCCAAGCGGCAAUAUUCACAUCAAAAGGGGAGGGGGUAUUGGCAAAAUAUGCCAAGACACAGACCUUGACAGAGAUGAAGUAACAAUGUAUAAAUUGAAUAAUAGUGCCUUAAACAUUAAUUGCAAAAAACAACCAAUAGGCUUAUGGCAGUGGACUGGAAUCCUAUUUGGAUACUUAAUUGCAAUGUUAUUCCAUCACUGUGAUAUUUGAAUGGUGCAUUGUGUUAGUUUAGCCCUCUGAUGCCAGGGGUGUUUUUGGAAGUGAAUGGCUACAAAUCACAAGGAAACUUAUUCCAAACUGAUACUCCAUGGUGAUAACCUGUGAUACAUGGAGAUGCAUAGUAACUCCUUAUGAUCCUGGGGUGGGGGUGUGUGUGUGUGUGUGUGUGUGUUUUCUUUGUUCUCCCGGAAAUCCUAUACAGCUGUAAACCUUGAUUUGCAACACGGAUCGAUGACAUUCUCUGAAGUAUUAUAAAUCCAUUUUCACAUUACAGGCAUAUGCCAGUGAGUGCAGGGUAAGGUGACCUCCAUGAGUGUGCCUUGUGCCCGAGGUAGCAGUACAAUACGACAAAGGAAAGUUAAUGCAGUUCCGUGUUGAUGUGGAACUGGGCUGAACAGCUGGCAAAGUGCUGGCUUACUGAUUGACUUUAGUGAUUAGGAAGUUGCACUCUAAAUUGCAUGUUUUGUCUGCUUGUAAACUUUUGUGCCAUUUGCUCUGAGAUCCACUAUAUUCUUAAUCUUCUUAUUGUGUAGCUUUUUCAAACAAUGUGUCACGACUCUUAGAAAAGUAAAAUAAUCACUGCAGACUAUGUACAGUGGUAGCAGGAAAUUCCUGUUUAGCGCUAACCCGAGGGAACACUGCAUGUUGCAUGGCAUCUUGCCAUCUUUGUUCCAUGGCCUACUUCUUAUUUUCCUCUCAUCAUACCUCGACCCAAAGCAAACCAGUAACAGUGUGUGUUUGUAUUUUCUAUAUGCAGAGCCUUUUAGCCAAUUGCUUGAUUGCUAGAGGGGCAAUUAGAGGAUUAAAAGCCUAGACCGUUGGCCUGAAUAAUGGAGUGACCUUCUAAGGGUAAACGUGCCCAGAAGCAGAACACUAUUCUGUGGGGAUAAAACAAAAUACAAACUUUGGAUCCGUUCUAAAAGACAAUUGUGGAGAAUUGGCAAAUGUUGCAAAAUAUAGGCUAGAGCAGGGGUGCCAAAUAGGUAAAUCCCAAUGUUUUAAUCUACCGCUGCCAUGAUGUUUUGACAUUCUAUUUUAUUUUUUUUUAUAAUUUUUUUUUUAUUUUUGAAGUUCGUUUUUAGAUGGUGCAAACAGGUUUGAGUUGCCCCAAGAGCAGUCCUCAGACAAUUUCCUCGCGCAACAUGCGGGACAUAUGAGUAACAUGCACAAUUAAGGUAUAGAGUAAGUGUAUAUAGUAAACAAGCUUGAGCAGUACAGUAGCUAGUCUAUGAUUGAUACAGGUAAUGCUGGUUUGCAACGCUAAUUACCUUUACCGGCUAGUGCUAUUAAAGCAUAAAAUGACAUUCAUGCUAGGUCUCAUGCGAUUACUUUAGAAAAGUUGGUGUUGUCUACAGUAAGGCUACUUUAACUAAAGCAAAUGGUCACACCGGUUAGUUUAGCUGACAUUCUAAAAGCAUGAACGGCAUCAUGGGAGUUGUAGUUCUACUACAAAACCUGGGGAUCUACCUUUUGGACACCUGAGUUGGAAUAACUUAAAAGUGCAACUCCUGAUUAAACUCUACACAUUUCCCAAUUUAGGUUGUGAGGUGGAGAUGGAUUUGCCUCCUCUUCCCCUUCCCCCCCCCCCCAAUGCUUUGAGUUGCAUCUUGCACUGUGACAUUACCCUUAGAUUUACAUAUGGUAGAUAUGUUCUGUGUGUACUUCGAUGAUUGACCAAUGAUGUCAAAUUUGGAUGUUUUGUAUGCAGGCUAAACAUUUCUAAAAGCCAUUGGCAAGUGAAAAUUUAGCCCUGCAUGGUAUUCUAUGACUUGCAGUGGCAAGUACCUUUUUAAUACCUGCCUUAUAGCAUAGAAAAUACAAAAUUUGAGCCACAGUUUAUGCAUUUUUGUCAUCAGAGAUAAAUUAACAGAGCAAGCUUGUCAAAUUCUUUACAAACUUGUCUCUCCUUCAGUUUGCUUUCCCUUGCCUUCUAUUGCUGACUUAAGAACCUGCAGCAAUAUUUCCAGGACUCUAUAAAGUCCUGGUUUAUUAAAUUGUUAUACAUUCAUUUUAGGGUCACUGUGCUUGAUAUGUUAAAUGGAAAUUGUCACUACUUCAGAAUCAAACCAUGUUGAAAAUCACCUGUACUUUAUAAAUUUUUUUUUUCUACUUUAAAUUUUAUAUUAAAGAUCUAGACAGGGCAGAUAUUGGAAAUGAGGGAACAAAUUGAGACUUUGUUUUAGUUAUCGCCUACUCUGUGUUAAUUACCAUGAGCAAAGUAUAGAACUGCUAGCAUGUUUCACAGAGGGCUAAGAUGGAACCCAGUUUCAGGAUAAAGAUGCAUUGAAUUUUUUUUGUUUUUUUAUGUUCACACCUCACAUUUGUUAAAUAUUAUAUAAGUUAUCUAAUGUAUUGAAAAUCUUGGAGGGAUUAGUCCCACUUUUUAAAGAUUAAUAUACAUGUGAAAUGUCCUACUUUAGAAUUAAUUUUUAUAUUUCUUUCUUCCAGUUUUCUGGAUUUAUUUCCACAUAAGACUAUGGCUGUGGAUAUAGCGAUGAAAUUUUAUUUGCAAUCCCCACCUCUCAGAAGAGAACGUGUCGAAUGUAGAAUUUCUCAAAAAAGCAACAAGCCUUUGAGGUCGUGCAUCCAGACGAACAGCAAAAUGAUCAUUAAUGAGCGAAACCACAAAGAAAGUAAAGGGAAAAAACGUGUCACGUUUGCAGAUAGCCGAGGCCUUGCCCUUACUAUGGUGAAGGUAUAUUCAGAGCUUGAUGACCAAUUUGAAAUUCCAUUUAACAUCACAGAACUGAUAGAUAAUAUUGUCAACUUGACAACCGUGGAGAAAGAACGUCUUGUGCUGGACUUCGUACAACCUUCUGCUGACUACUUGGACUUCAGGAACCGUUUAAAUGCUGAUUUUGUUUGUCUAGAGAACUGUAUGCUUAAAGAAAAGGCUCUGGUAGGCACCGUGAAGGUCAAAAAUCUUGCUUUCCAGAAAAGCGUGAAAAUAAGGAUGACCUUUAAUUCUUGGCAAACCUUUACUGACUAUGAGUGCGAGUAUGUCAAGGACACAUAUGCUGGUUCCGAUAGAGACACUUUCUCCUUUGAUAUAAGUCUACCAGAGAACGUUCAGUUGCAUGAGCGGAUAGAAUUUGCAAUUUGCUUUGAGUGUGAAGGAAAAACCUACUGGGACAGCAACAAAGGACAAAAUUACAGAAUCAUUUGGCCUAACCUCAAAAGGCUGCCUGACUUUCAGAGCAACCAUUCUGAACCGGAUUAUAACCUUUCUCUCGAUCAGUUUGGAAGCCCAAGGUGUUCUUAUGGAAUAUUUCCAGAAUGGCCCAGCUACUCUGGGUUUGAUAAGCUAGGACCUUACUAUUAACUUGGUAUCCAAAGAAAUCAAGGUUAACCAACUGAAAUGGCCUCUAAUCCCAAAAUGGUAGAAUGGGGAUGUGAAUGUGUCCCUAUUGGGACUAGCUGUAAGCCACAAACAUGGAGAACCUACAAUAGGUCAUGAUGCAUACUUGCAUUAGAUUUUUCCUGUUAAGGGAUAUAUUGUCCUAUAACUCAAUAUUGAAAGUAGCACCUUUUUUUUGGUAUCCAAUGUAUACAGAAUGAAUCUGUGAAGAAAAAUUUUCUCAUCAGUGCUGCGGUCUUUCCUUUCUAAAGCUGCUAUACCUUCAAACUCUAAAGACCCUGCCCUACACACUCUUGUGCUUUUUGUUUUUGUGGUUUUUUUUUUUUUUCGUCUUUAAAUACUUUAGUCGGGAUGUUACCUUUCAUUCUCCAUAUAUACAUGAAUGUCUGUAAAUUCUUAAUCCGCCAUCUGUUCUCAGGAAAAGUAUCCCUAGUCUCUUGCUAAAAUGAAGGGGGAUGAGGAAUUCGGUCUUGUUGAUGGGACUAAAUGUUUAUAUAAUUUUUAUUUAUUUUUUCCCUUUCUUCUGCACUGCUUCACAUUAAGGUCACUUUUACAUGAAGCCAUGUCAGGUAUUCAGACAUUAAACCAUUCUAUCUAGAUAUGCUACAUGUACACUCACUUGAUGCACAUUUUUAACUAUGUAAUCUGAUUUUUGAAUUUUGUGGAUUUUUAUCUUUAAAUGGGUCCAGAUUUACGUGCCCUGGCUUCUCCGAACAGACGUGAACGUGCAAUAUUCCUCUGGUGUCUAGGCUGGAGUAUGCUGUACAAAUGAGUGCCUUUUAUUUUUAAUUAAAUAAAAUUCUUACUAUGCUCACUUUCUCUAAACAUUUCUGCACCCUAAAAAUGUCCAAGGUGAGAGCAAUGAGUUCUCUGUUCUUUAAACCUUGUGGAUAUACUACACCAGUAAUGGCUAACCUGGCAAGAUAUGUUUGGGGAAACAUAGCCAUACACAUGUGCAAGCAAGGUUUGUCAUUACUGUUGUAAAAGAUGACUUGUACACUAAGACUAUAGUCAUGGCUGGGUACCUCAUUAACCAGCUAGUGGUUUUUAUGGUUACGGUGGAGGGUUUUUAUUUUUUUUUUUUAUUUAUUUAUUUUUUUUUUUAUUAAAUGUGAAAGCACAAUAUUCACACCCUCCCCACUUUGCUUAUUGAAUGCAUGAUUUCUGUUGAAUUAAAACCACUUGCCUACUGGGUCCACUUGGCUGAAAUGUCUAAAAGGUGAUUCUCUGUAGAAGUGUUCACUGGUAGAACUAAAUGUUUAACAAUCCUUCCAGACUUUUCAGAUAAAGAAGGUGAUGUUUCGAUUUCUUCCUUGCUUCUGCCAUCCUCCCAUCUUCCUCCUUCGGCAAGGAUUGUAUGAUUAUUUUUGUUUGCUCACAAGAUGGAUUUGCAUGUUCUUGCGUAUCAGUAUUUUAGAAAUAGAAUACUUGCACUGAUUCCCACCGUUUAUUUACCCUUAAUUUAUUUUUAUAUUUUUAUUUUGGUAUGUUCCAUAAAAUACGAUUUUUAUAUUCUUAACAAGUAGCUCUUAUAUAAUCACAUUUCACCAAGAGUGGGUGAGUAGGCAACAAAAAGACUUGCUGGUGUUGCAGACCUAUAGCUGUCGUAAAGGAAAGGCAUCAUGGGGGUUGUAGUUCUGCAACAGUCAAUGGCUUUGUUUUGUCUUCCGUGCCAGAAGUGGUGGGAGGUAUAGAAGUCUGCCUCCUCAAACCAUUUCCACUGGUAGUUUUUUAGUUUUCUAAACAAACGUCUGAGUCUUGGCUCUUUUUUUUUUUUUGUCUAUAUGAAAUUGACCUACUCUGAAUUUAGAGGGAUAUUUUUGACCUUACCCUAGCUGGUUUUGAACCUAGAAGUGCUUUGUUCAGGUUUUCUGUUUCUAUAUUACAGUCAAAUCUUUGUACACAAGUCAGGUGAAAUUUGAGAGGGACAAUGCACUUUAUAAUCACAAGAGUGAAAACUAGAUCAAUUUUUGUGUGGUUUUUAGAAAAAAAUGUUGGGUUUUUUUUUAAAGUGAAAUAUAAUAAAGGUAAAACAUUUAUGGUAAUAUCUUGCAUAGCCUUGUUUGUGUGAGCUUAUUUUUAAUUAACUCUACCAAGUUUUUUUUAACUUUUUUAUUUUUUUUAUUCUCCCUUCUAAACACCCCACCCCUAC